AUGUGCAUCUCACUUCACGUUCUUUUACCUGUCGCUAAUUUUUUGCAAUUAAAGGACGACCCUAAAAAACUGUGGCUUCUGGAGAGAGACAUUUUCCUUCGCAAAUUCAUCAGGCUCGAAAGCUGUGGGGACACGAUGUUGUCUCAAUUCUGUCACGGCCUCCAUGGCUGUGACAACGAGCCCGUAUAUUGUUGUAGCGACUGUGAAGGACUUCAAAUGUAUUGUCAAUCGUGCGUGGUAGCUCUCCAUUGUGCCAUGCCCCUGCAUCAUGUCGAGGUCUGGACAGGCGAAUACUUUCAGCGCACCUCCCUUCGCGAUCUUGGGCUACGCAUGCAACUCAGGCAUCCCCCGGGGGUCUCAUGUUGUAACCCAGUGCCAGCAUUUGAUGCCGAAUUCACAGUUCUUAACACUAACGGUAUUCACAGUGUUGCGCUCGAUUUUUGCAACUGCGAAGCCGCACAGACUCACGCCAUUCAGUUAUUGCGUGCUCGAUGGUACCCUGCUACAAGUACUGACCCUCGAACGGCUGCUACCUUCCGACUCCUAGAUCAUUUUCAAAUGUAUACGUUCGAAUCCAAGGGUUCUGCAUUCGAGUAUCAUCAAGCUUUGUCUCGCUUGACUGACAACACAGGCGCAAAGAGGCCCAAGGACCGCUACGAAUCCCUCCUUCGCAUUAGCCACCAGUACCGCCAUCUAAUUGCCCUCAAAAGAGCAGGCCGGGCUCACGACAUCUCUGGGAUUUUGGGGACGGAGUCAGGCGAACUUGCCGUGGUUUUCCCGGCUUGUCCCCAACCUGGAAAAACCUUCCACCACACUGGGCAGACACCCCUAAAGAAAAACAGUAAGUGGUUGUAUAGCCUGUUUGUCGGGAUCGACGCGAAUUUUCGAAUGUGUCGUCGGAACAAAUCAUCGGAGCAAGCGGAUCCCAGUUUUAGUCAGGGCUGGGCAUAUUUUGUUGAGGAUUCCGGGUUCAAGAGCGUCCUAGACAUGCACGCGGGGCUCACACGGGAGAAGAGCAGCUGCGCAAGUCAUAACGCAGUGAACCUUGCGGAUUCGAAGCGAGUGCGCGGCCUUGCAGCGACGGGCAUUGGUGCCGUUGUUUGUGCAAGGCAUAACUUCAAGCGUCCCUCGGUGGUAGGAGAUCUCCAGAAGGGGGAGAGAUAUGUUAACAUGGAUUACUUAUUUUUUUCAACAAUGACACACUCGAGCGACAUUGUUGUUGUCAACGUCUCGUAUGACAUCGCGUGCCAGUGGAACAAACAUCUUUGGGAGCGCAUGUCUCAGUAUCCCUCCAACAUUCAUCUGGCGCACACCAGCAAGACAAUAACCUUCCUCGUGCCGAAAUUCCACCUCCCCGCCCACGUCGCUCCAUGCCAGACUAAAUUCUCCUUCAAUCUUAUCAAAGGGAUGGCCCGAACCGAUGGCGAAGCGCCCGAACGCGGAUGGUCCAAUAUUAAUCCCAUGGCUACUAGCACACGGGAGAUGGGAGCUGGUUCGAGGUGUGAUGCGCUCGACGACCACUUUGGCGACUGGAACUGGCGGAAGGUGUCUAACUUUGGUGUAUUUCUUUUGCAAAAGCUCAAGGAUGCCAUCCCUCAACGUGAUCAACAUAUUUCGGACCUUGUCGAUUUUGAAGAUGCAAUUCCAGCCGAGAGCCUCGCAACCUGGCGUACAAUGGUAGAGGGUUGGGAGACUGACCGAUCUAACGCAAACCCAUUCGACUCAGCAUCUUCACCCAUGACGCAAGCUUCUGUUCGACUGGAGCUCUCACAAGUUGAAGCAAACCAACUCAAACGCGGACUCGACAUGUCCUUGCACUCUGAGGUUUCACCAAGUGUCCUGAUAGUUGUCAGAAUCGAGCUCGAGACUCAGCAGCGCCAGCUUAUUCAUGAAACCUCAAGCAUAGGUGCACACGCUACUGAAAUCGAGCUAUCUACACUUCAGCAGCGGACAAACACACUUCGUCGUCGAAUCGAACACUGGAUCAAGAUUCAAACCCUUUACAUGCCGUGUGUCGUACGUCUUCGUGAGAUGAUCGAUGCUACCUCUGAUAAUACAGAAGAAGACGUCCACAGUAUCAAGCUCUGGAUGCCCUCAGCUAUUGUCACCCGGUCUCUAUCUUGUGACAGAAACCUAUUGCUCAUCAAAUGGAAGCUUCGCAGAGCUCAGGGACACGAGGCACUACAUGAACUUCAUCAGCACCUGCGGCUCAAGCAUCAUCUUACUGGCUUCAAGAAGGACUGGAUUACCGGUCAACGCAGACACACGAGGUCACGUGGGAUCAUCGACACAGUGCAGAAAAAGAUUGACACUGCUGCCACCAAAUAUCGCAUUGCUUGGGCCUCCCUCAGUGCUCUUGCUGAGCCUCUUCUUGAAAUUGACUGGAAGGCCGAGUUCCCGGUGCUCGAGAAAGAGGAUGUCCGCAGAAUGACGGAGGACCAAGCAGCAGGGGAAAUUUCCAUAUCAUGGAUUUGGAAGCAACAUUAUGGCGCCGGAGAGGAAGAGCUUUCAGAUGCUAUGCGCAUUGAGUGGUGCAAGGCUCGUGCACGUGCUAACCGAUGGUCCGAGGAGGUAGAAUUAUUGCAAGAGGAAAUGCGGCACGUUCUCACAUUCUUUGAUUGGCAUGCGGCCUGGUGGGUGGAACGUGCAACAUCCAAGACGUGGCUCGGGCCCAUCGAGAAUGAAGGUGCAGUAGUGUAUGCACAUCGGCAAGCUGCCAUUCGGAGGAUGAUGCGUGACCACUGCUCUUCAAUUUGGAGCAUUGUUCCUGGCCUCAUUGCCCAGUCAUUGUGCAAUACCGCUAUCUAA